UCACAGUUGACUACGCAGCAAUGCCGGCUAAGGAGUUGGCACGUCCUUGUAUGGACUGUAAAGAUGCAGAAGCUAUCUUGGAUACCCGAAAGAGGCAGUUAUGUGGAAACUGUUUCAAGCGGUUCGCGGGCCACAAAGUCCUUAUGCGCAUGUCCAAAUAUAAAAUGAAAAAGGCAAAUCGCAAAAUACCCAAACUACUGCUCCCACUCUCCCUCGGUGUCUCCUCCAUAGUUCUGUUGCACAUCAUCAACGACGAUAUUGAACGCCAACUCGCCAAAACGUUUGUCAAUGUCGGUUUUGAACUCAAUAUACUUGUUGUCGAUCCAUCAACUAUCCUCGGCCCAGACGCCAAAUAUGACCAGGCUUAUGAGGCUGUCACAAAGGCUUUCCCGAAGCUUACAUUCACCCGCUUGCCAUUCCACAGUGUCUUCGAGUACGUGCCGGAUAUGAAGGAGAUUAUCCAGGAAUAUGCUGGUUCAACAUUUACCGAUGAUGAGUCACGGUCAAACGAGGAUCGUCUCACGGUGUUCCGCGCUGCGAUCGCUACGGCUACCUCCAAGGCCGACCUCGACUCGGUAUUGUUGACCAGACUUGUUGUUGGAUAUGCCAAGAGUCUUGACUGCGAGACUGUGAUUUGGGGUGACUCGGACACUCGUCUUGCGGCGAAGACACUCGCUGGUGUUGCGAAAGGCCGUGGCGCCUCGUUGACUUGGUCAGUCUCCGAUGGCAUGUCUCCUUGGGGUGUGACCUUUGAUUUCCUGCUCCGAGAUCUAUCUAAGCCUGAGCUUGAACAGUUCAAGAGCGUUUGUGAUGAGCUUUCGGAAAUCAUUGUCCCUGAUGAGCCCAUUUCGGACAACGUUUUGACGAAGAACCUGUCAAUUGAUGAGCUCAUGAUGCGCUACGUUCGGACGCAGGGCGAAAAGUAUCGUGGUGUCAUGGCGAAUGUGUCCAGAACUGCCAACAAGCUCGAGUCUACCACCGCAUCGGAUGACGCUCUAUGCCCUUUAUGUGGAGGACAUGUUGGGAAUGUCAAGGGUAAUUCUGGAGUCACUGUCGCCAACCAAUCCAGCGACAACUACAGUUCCAAGUUCUGCUACGGAUGUAUGAGGUCUCGUCCAGAAGCCACUUUCUGA